AUGCAAUUGGCUACUCAAAUUCAUACAUCCUUGAGCCCAUCACCAAAAAUUGGUUCUAAAGUACAAACCAAAACAAAAAAGACAAUGUCUCCAAGCGAAGUAUCUGUAAACGUCAUGGCGUCUUCAUCAUCACAUAAAAAAGGUGGUAAUAGUCUUUCAAAAAAGUCAAGCUCAAAGUCACUCAGAAGUACCAAUAAUAACGAAACAUUGUCUAUAUUUAAAGAUUUACAACAAGUAGAAAGUGAACUUGACACUCAUACAAAUCAACUAAUUGGUAGAAUGAAAAAGUUAUUCGAUGUCCCUGGUGAAAAUAAUACUACUAAAAAUAACGUUGAUGUUAAUAUUAGCACAAUAUCAAAUGACUCUUCCUCAUCAAGUUAUAAUAACAAUCUUGGUGAAAAACUAAAACGUUCUCCGUCAGCGUCUAAACGUUCUUCCGCAUUGACUCCUACCACCACUUCUAAACCUUUAUUAAAUCGUCGUAUAAGUGCACAAGAUUCUGCCAAAUCUUCUCCAAAUUCUUCAUCAUCAAUGAUAAAUGGUGCAAAAUCUGAAGAAAAAUUAAAUUCACCGCCUAAUUCAAAUUCUUCUUCAUCUUCUAAACAUAAGAAAAAAGAUAGUAGUAGCCAUAAUAAUAGUAAAAGAAAACCUUUUGUCGACACUUCUACAUCAACAAAAACUCGUGCAAUGCAACAGUUAGAGGACUUUACUUCAUUCAGAGACUUUAAUAAUGAACCUUCUAGUACUAAAAGAUUAAGCGGUAAUAAUAAUAGAAGUAAAAGUAGCAAUAGUAAUCGUUUAAAAAAAUUUAACAAUGAAAAAUCAGUUGUUGAUAAAAAUAAUUUAAUUAUUAUAGGUUCGUAUGGUGAUGAUAUUAAGUCUGAUAUACAUGGUGAUACUCCUUCUCCUUUACUGCCUGAUACUCAACUUCCACCCCCAAUAUCAUCAGUACCGCCAAGUUUAUUACCGCAACCUAAAUCAUCAAAAGAUUUUGUACCGCCAUUAAUAAUACCGCCAGUACCUUCAUCAAUAAUGAAAGAUUCAACGAACAAUGUUUCUUCUGAUAAAAAAAUUGUAAGUAUAACAGCGCCAAAAGGUGAUUUUGAGGAUAGUAAAACACCACCACCACGUAGUAGUAAAAGAGAUAACAAUAGAAGUACAGAUGGCCAUGCAUCGUCCUCAAAGAAAGCUGUAGGUAGAAAAAGAGGAACGACGUCGGGAACACUAUCUAGUGAUAAGAUUAUCAGACGACAGACACUUCCUGCCAGCCUAGCUGUACCACAACAAUUAGAAGCAUUACAUUUACCGCCGAUGAAUGUACAAGCACUGCCUCCAGUUAAAAUACCGAAAAAUUCUAAUUCUAAACCAUCCCUAUCUUCAAAAACUCCCACAUUGGAACGAAAUUCAAGGAUACCUUCUACACCAACUUCGGCUGUCAGUACCACCUUCUCAACAAAAUUACCAACACCAACAGGUAUCAAACCUAGAGUGAUAAAAAGUGGUAGUGGUAUUCCUCCUUUGUCUCAAAAUAAUCACAACCAUCAUAAAUCAACAAGAGUUGCACCAGUUUCUCCUAAUAAACCAUCAUCACGUGGAUCAUCAUCUGUCGGUGGAAGAAAAAGUUCCGUGUCUCAAAGGAAAACACCAAGUCAACAUAGUUCAUCAUCAUUAUCGAAUUUCAGUAAAGCUUCAACAUCUACCGGCAUUUCAACGACGACAAACAGUGCUCUCAUAGCUCGUAAACAACGUACAAAUUCUCAGCCUGCUCCUAAUAAUAUUAAUCAUUCAUCAAGCCACCUGGGAACCUCACUGCAUAACAGCUCAAAUCAUUUGAAAUCGCCAUCUUCAUUAUCAUCCUUAACCGAUCUAGAAUCUUCCUCUUCAACAACUAGUACACCAUGUGGAUAUAAAACCAUUGAUGAGGAAAUUUUCUUGGCUGUUGGUGAUGAGAAUAGUAAUAGUUUAAAUUACUUGAAUGAUCUUGAACAAGAGAAAAGAAAACUUAGAGCACAAAAGAAAAAAGAGCAACAAGAUGCAAGGUUUGAACUUUCAAUCCCAAUGAAACCACAAGAGGCUUUGAAAACUUAUGCACCAUAUUUGUCGUUGUAUGAGCGUACAGAAAUAAUGGACUUUCCAGAGGUUUACUUUGUUGGCCCAAAUGCUGCCAAAGCGGCUGCUAGUCCUGAAUUGAAGGGAUGUAAUUAUGGUUUUGACGAUGAACGUGGUGAUUAUAAAGUAGUGAUGGGUGAUCAUUUAUGUUUCAGAUUCGAGAUAGUAGAUACUUUAGGCAAAGGUUCCUUUGGCCAGGUGCUGAAGUGUUUAGAUCACAAAACUGGAGAAUAUAUUGCUGUUAAAAUCAUUAGGAAUAAGAAAAGAUUUCAUUGUCAAGCACUUGUUGAAGUUAAUAUACUUGAAAAUUUGACUCGCUGGGACCCAGAUGAUUCUUCUAAUAUUAUUCAUAUGCAUGAGCAUUUUUAUUUCCGAAAUCACUUGUGCAUUGGUUUCGAGUUAUUAAGCAUGAACUUGUAUGAAUUCAUUAAGAAAACUAACUUCCAAGGUUUCAGUUUGGGAUUAAUCAAAAGGUUUUGUGUCCAACUUCUGAAUUCACUUUCAUUACUACAACGACAUCGUAUUGUGCAUUGUGAUUUGAAACCUGAGAACGUAUUACUUAAACAUCCUACAAAAAGCAGUAUUAAAGUAAUUGAUUUUGGUAGUAGUUGCUUCGAUAAUGAAAAGGUUUAUACAUACAUUCAAAGUAGAUUUUAUCGUUCACCCGAAGUAAUUUUGGGUAUGACUUAUAAUAUGGCAAUUGAUAUGUGGAGUUUAGGCUGUAUAUUAGCUGAAUUAUAUACAGGUUAUCCAUUGUUCCCUGGAGAAAAUGAACAAGAACAAUUAGCUUGUAUAAUGGAGGUUCAAGGUGUCCCGUCACUUUAUUUAAUUGAGAAGAGCACCAGGAAAAAAUUAUUUUUUGAUGUAAAUGGAAAUCCUCGUCCAGUUAUUAAUUCAAAAGGAAAGAGAAGAAAACCUUCUUCUAAAAGCUUGGGUCAAGCUUUGAAAUGUAGUGAUGAAGUCUUUUUAGAUUUCAUAUCUCGUUGUUUACAAUGGGAUCCUGAAAAACGUAUGAAACCUGAUGAGGGGCUUAUGCAUGAAUGGAUAACUGAUGUAAAGAUUAAUACUAAGAAUUAUCCAAGGUGA